GUGUUCUUAGUGCUUUCAUGCGGUGAAGGAAUAUUCUUAAGAACAUGCAACUUAUUAGUCUUGCCUCAGUCUGAACACAUAAAUUACACAAAGGAAAUAUAUAGGAUGAUCAAAAGCAGAAGUUUUACAGUCGUUUUGAUGUGGACCCUUUUGUCUACAAUAACUCCAACUUCACAUGACUUGGAGCACUACUCUGACUUCGAGGAUUUUUAUGCUACAACUACUUGGAGCUACUACAAUGACUUGGAGCACUACUCUGACCAUGAGGAUUUUGAUGAUCAUUCUCUCUAUCACCCCAUCCAUCAAACCUUCUCCAAUCCUCAUGUCAGGGUGGCCAGAUGGAUGGACAAUGAUGACAAUGUCAUGGUUGGAUGUGUCCAUGAGUGGAACCAAAUCGGUCAUUUCUUCUUGACCGUUACGGGAGGAACAAAUAUCACCAUAGUUGACCCACACAUCAUCACAGUCGAAGCAAGCUUCUUUAAUAUCACUGUGACCCCACCUGUUUCAAUCACCUGUGUACUCGACAUACUUGGACAAAAUCUUACAAGUGAAGAGUACACACUUGGUGCACAUUACGGUUCAGAGCCACAAAUGCCACCAGUGUCUCUUUCCUACCAGUUGUUUGCAGGAUUCAUUGGAUUUGUUCUCAUCAUCAUGACCUUGGUGGUUAUUGUGUUCACCUUGAGAGGAAAACAGGCAGCUGGACCGGACAAGACCACAGAAUGCAACAUCUAUGAGAAAACGAUUACAGUGUGAUCUUUUAUUAUGAACAUGUUCCACUGAAAUAAAUUUGUUCUGCAUUUCCUAGUUCCUCAGUGGUGCAAAGUCCCUCUGUAUACAUGCAACAGUAAACGUGUAGAAGAUUGAGAUUUCCGAGAGGUCUUGUUUAUUCAUCAGUGCUCUGCUAAUUAUCAAUGUUUUCUAAGAGAUUAGAUAAAUAUCCUGUCCACCUGAUGCUGUAUUUUUCAUCUCUGUUAUUGAUGUACCUUGAGUUACCUUGUUGAAUAUUAACCCUGAUUUUCCUAAAAAUUGUUAAGUAUCUCCAUGUAUGUACACAAUAAAUAAUAAUAUAAAA